UUAUAUUAUAUAUAGACUAUAGGGGAUACGAUGGGAUUACUGGUAGCAGCUAAAACCCUUGCAUUCGUCCGCCCACGCCCGUUCCUAUCUGCAGUCUCUGCUCGUCAUCGGACGAUCUCCACCGUUCGUUCCAUGGCUGAUUCUGCGUCUUCCCAAUUCAAGAAAGUCCAGAUCCACAGAGACGAUACCACCUUUGAUGCAUAUGUUGUUGGAAAAGAAGAUGCUCCUGGGAUAGUGGUCUUGCAGGAGUGGUGGGGGGUUGAUUUUGAGGUCAAGAACCACGCUUUACACAUUUCCAAACUCAAUCCUGGAUAUAAAGCACUCAUCCCAGAUUUGUAUCGUGGAAAAGUUGGUUUAGAUGUUGCUGAAGCACAACAUUUGAUGGAAGGUCUUGAUUGGCCAGGCGCCGUUAAGGAUAUAGGUGCUUCUGUCAACUGGCUCAAGGAAAAUGGUUCAAAGAAGGUGGGCGUGACAGGAUUUUGCAUGGGUGGUGCUCUGUCAAUUGCUAGUGCUGUUUUGGUCCCUCAAGUUGAUGCUGUUGUUGCCUUCUAUGGAGUUCCUUCAUCAGAACUUGCAGACCCCUCGAAGGUUAAGGCACCCGUGCAGGCUCAUUUUGGGGAGAUUGAUAACUUCGUUGGUUUUUCGGAUGUCACGGCUGCCAAGUCCCUGAAGGAAAAACUGAAAUCUUCGGGAGUUCCGUAUGAGGUACACCUUUAUCCUGGCAUUGGACAUGCAUUUAUGAACAUGUCCACUGACGGCCUCAAGAGGAGGAGGGAAAUGGGACUGAAAGACGAGGACAAGGAAGCUGUGGAUUUGGCAUGGUCUCGCUUCAGCUCUUGGAUGAGUUGCUACCUGUCUACUUGACUCGCUUGAACCUUCAUUUAUUGUAUCUAGAGCCUCCACAGCGAUAAGAUCAGUUAAAAGAACAGUUUUCUAUGGUUUGUAGGCUUUCUGUGAAGAUUUUAUGAUAUUGGGAGCUGAACAUAAUACUCAACAACAUUGAUAAACUUGAAUUUGAUGGUUGUAUAUGUUUGUGUUAGAUGGUAAGCAAUCUUUGCAUCUCUA